AUGGACACUAUGGAGCCGAUCCUGGAUGAUGCUAUGCCCCUUCCGCUUCCGGAGAGCAUUCGGCCUGUCCCUGAGACGAUCCGCGCUUCGAUUGUGUCAUGGUGGCAUCAUUCACCACGUCACACAGCCGAAGCGGAGCUGCACCUAUACCAAAACUCUGGCUACUUUCGUGGCGCCAAGCUGAGCAAUGCCGCGCACCUUAACGAUGAUGGCGUAGACGGUAUGGUGGAGGCGUAUAAACAGGCCACGAGUACGUCUACGACGCCGUCCAGCCGUCCAGCUAGCGUGGCUCCUGGCAAUACGUAUGCGACGGUGGCUACGACCGCAGCAGCCGACGGCAAAAUUGGGUGCAUCCGUAUGGUCGAUAUAGGCGAGGACCCUGCGAUGCGCAAGGGCUGGUUCUCGCGUCUGUACCGCCGAACAAGACGUUACAUCAACAUGCUUGAAAUCGGUACGCCGCAACGCUACGAGGACCGUGACAAGGACGAAAUUCCUGUGGUGCUUGUGCAUGGCUAUGGCGCUGGCAGUGCCUUUUUCUUCCGCAACGUCGGGGCCAUUGCCUCGAUGCCGCAUACCCGUUUGUACGCGUUAGACUGGCUUGGCAUGGGCCGCUCCUCGCGUCCGUCGUAUGUGAUGCCGCAUUCGCCCAAGACACGCGAGCGUGUUGAGGCCUCCGAAACAUUCUUCUUGACCGCCUUGGAGCAGUGGCGAACGAAGAUGAAGAUCGAGAAGAUGGUGCUCAUUGGCCACAGUCUCGGCGGCUACCUGUCGCUCGCCUAUGCCUUGCAUUAUCCAGAGCGCAUCGCCAACUUGAUUUUGCUGUCCCCCGUGGGUAUCCCGGAAGGCUCGUUGCCCGAGUUUCUCCAUGAGAUUCGCCGAGUGAAGGAAGGCGAGGCGCCGCCCAGUAGUGUGCCUGCGCGCCGGCCGCCUCUAAACCCUGUCCUGAUGAAGACAGCGCAAUGGUUAUGGGACCGCAAUAUCAGCCCCUUUGGUAUCGUGCGUAUGAGCACGAUCUUGGGUCCAUGGCUGAUGGGUGGAUAUACACGCCGUCGUUUCCAGUCGCUGGAGCCGGACGAAAUUAAGGCGCUGCAUACGUAUUGCCAUGGUGUGUUUACCGACACGGCAAGCAGUGAACACUGCCUGGCUGAUAUCCUAGCCCCUGGCGCCUUUGCUCGGUGGCCCAUGGUGCAGCGUGUCGCGCCUUUGAAGAUGCCGAUCUUCAUGUCCUACGGCUCGCAUGACUGGAUGGAUGUGCGAGGCGGCCGAGCCGCCCAGACCAUCCUGCAAAAGGCAGGCAACAGUCAUGUCCAUAUCGAUGUGAUCGACAAGGCAGGCCACCAUUUGUACCUAGAUAAUACGCCGGCCUUCAAUGCCUGGCUGAUCCAGGCCAUCCGUAGCGGAUGGUCCAAGUAG